UGUCAGGAGUGGAGAGGGGAGAGAGGGACCCAGCCAGGCAGCCAGCCUCCAAACCAAACGGCUUCAGCUGCUAACAGCUCCUAGUGACGGCGGCAUAGUAGUUAAAUAUAGACCCAUGCUUUAGCCUCCGUCUCCACACUGAAAGACUGGGGACAAAGGAGGAGUAAAUGAAAAGACCUGGACGUGUGACAAAGGACAUCACACUGCUGCACCUCUCUCUCCCCGCUGAGCAACGGCUCCUUUCAAACACAGACAGAGUGGGAGUGGGAACAGAACUGUGCCUCCAUGAUUGCCUGUCUCCCUCCUCCGCCAAGGCUUUCUAUCCUUUAUUUGGUCUUUCUCACCCUCACUCCUUUGCAUUCUCUUUCUGUCACAAACACUCUCCCACUGACUCCAAAAAGAGUGUAUAUCUUUGGCUGACUUACAGAGAAAGAAGAGAGAGAGAGAGAGAGAGAGAGAGCGUGAGAGAGGGAAGUAGGGAGAGUGGAUAAGCGAGUAGAGAGAGAGCGAGAGAGAGAGAGAGAGGACUAGAUCCAGCUCUCGUUGCUGUAGCAUUUCCUUCUUGACCUGGAAUCCUAGAGGAGAAGUGAGAGAGCAGAGCUUGUCCAUGGUGAUGGCAUUCAUUCUGUAGCAGGGCAGCUGAACAGGAGUAGCAUUAAGAAGAGGUCUUCAGAGGACAUUCACAUACAGAAGGGCAGACUGAGUCACUCCUGUAGGAUUACCUUAAGCACAACUCCAAACCUAACCCUGGGGACCAGAAAGAACAGAUAGAGGAUGAGGUCCAAGAGCAGUGGGGUGGAGAGCCCAGCCAAUGGGGUACUCGGUGUUCCCCAGGCAACACAAGACAUCAACCAGGAAGAGGGUGUAAAUCUGCAUACACCCAUAAAGAGUCUGAAGGUCAAAGUUCAACCAAACAUUGAGGAGUUGGUGGAGGAGGUGGUGGUGGUCUCUGACAUAGAGAAGUCAACCGAGGACAGCUUAGGUACUAGUGACAAAAGACUGGGAAUCAUGGACCUUACUAAAAAGGACCUUCUGAGGCUGCUAGGGGUCAUGGAAGGUGAGGUUCAGGCGAGGGAGGAUGUUAUCCGUGUGCUGAAGACUGAGAGGACACGUCUGGAAGCUCUGAAGUCCCACUAUGGUUCUGCAGCUCCUACCACAGCCCUCCAGGCCCUACAGAGAGACAGCCUUCUCACCAACACACAAACACACAUUGACAAUGUCUACCAGUGGCCAAUGGCUGAGCUGGACCGUCUGCAGGAUAAACACAAGGACACGUAUCGGCGCAUGCUGGAACAGCUUCUAUUGACUGAGAAGUGUCAUCGCCGCACCGUGCACGAGCUGGACAGCGAGAAGCACAAGCAUGCUGACUACAUGAACAAGAGUGACGAAUUCACUAACCUAUUGGAGCAGGAGAGAGAGAGAUUGAAGAGGUUGCUGGAGAAUGAGAAAGCCUACCAGGUCCGUAAAGAGAAGGAGAACACCAAGCGUUUGGAGAAGGUGAGGGAGGAGCUGGUCAAACUGAAGUCCUUUGCCCUGAUGCUGGUGGACGAGCGGCAACUCCACCUGGAGCAGAUGGACCAGCAGAGCCAGAGCGUCCAGGAGCUGACCCAGCAGCUGUCCCAGAGGGAGCAGGACCUGAGCAACGCCAGUGCCCGGGCCCAGGAGGACAGACAAAGGGCCCUGAGCUUGGAGGGCGAGCUGAGUGAGUGCCAGUCCAAGUUUACCCAGGAGCAGGAGGAGAUUACAGCUAAGCUGGCCAGCCAGGAGUCCCAGAACCGCCUGUUGGAUGUCAAGCUGUCUGGACUCACCCACACGCUGGAGGAGCUGGAGGAGAGCAACAGGGCUCUGAGGAGGUCAGAGGAGGAGCGCAAUGGGGCUCUGAAGAGGUCAGAGGACAAGCUGGAAGAGAGCAACAGGGCUCUGAGGAGGUCAAAGGAGGAGCUGGAGGAGAGCAAAUGGGCUCUGGGGAGGUCAAAGGAGGAGCUGGAGGAGAGCAACGGGGCUCUGAGGACGUCAAAGGAGGAGCUGGACGAGCUGAGGGACAAGAUCAGCAAAGGGGAUUGUGGGAACUCUAACCUAAUGACUGAACUGGAGAACCUCCGCAAACGGGUAUUUGAGAUGGAAGGGCAGGACGAGGAGAUCACCAAGGCAGAGGCCCAGUGCAGGGAGCUGAGGAAGAGGUUGCAGGAGGAAGAGAGCCGAGGGAAAGAACUCAAACUGCAAGUGGAGAAGCUCCAGAGGAGAAUGGUGGAACUGGAGAGACUAGAGGGGGUGUUCAAUGCCAGCAAGGCGGAGAGCUUCCAGUUACACGCCACUCUGGAGAGAGAGAAGGACGUGUCAAAGGAGCUUGCAGAUGAACUGGUGGCCGUUAAGAUACGCAUGAAAGAGAUGGAAUCCUCUGAGCUGAGACUGGAAAAGACUGAGCAGGGCCUUAAAGAUGACCUGGCAAAGCUGAAAUCAUUCACUAUGGUAAUGGUUGAUGAGAAAAAUAAUAUGAUGGAGAGAAUGCUGUUAGAGGAGAAGAAGAGGGAUGAUCUGAGUAAGAUGUUCAAAGUGGAGCAGGUCAAGGUCAUGGAGGUGACUGAGAGAUUGAUAGAGGAGAGUAAAAAGCUCCUGAAGUUGAAAUCAGAGAUGGAGGCCAAGGUUUGGACCCUCACCAGAGAGAAAGGAGAGCUUAGCACUAAGCUCACAUGUGAAAUGGAAAAGAGCAAGGAUCUGAGCUCUAAAGUCAUCCAAAUGAACAAGAGGUCAGAUGGAUUGCAGGAGGCAGAAAAUAUAUCCACAAAUAACAUAGCAAAGAGGGAACUGGGAAGCUUGUCAGAUGGGAGUUCGAAAGAGGACAACAGGGUGAAGGAGCUAACGUUUGAAAUAGAGCGGUUGAAAAACCGUCUCAAGCAGCUGGAGGUUGUGGAGGGAGAUUUGAUAAAGACAGAGGAUCAGUAUGACCUGCUGGAGAAAAAGUUAAUGACGGAGCAAGACAAGGCCAACAUUCUCUCCCAGCAGGUGGAGGAGAUGAGGAGUCAGAUCGCCAGGACUAAAGCAAUAGAGAAUGGAGAGGUGGAGAGCCAGGAGGCAGACCUACGACAGCGCUGCAGGACAGAGAACGCAAACACCAGAGACUUGCAGAAUGACAUGGUAGCCCUCAAGGAGAAGAUCCAUGAGCUGAUGCACAAAGAAGACCAGCUCUCUCAACUCCAAGUGGACUACUCCUUCCUCCAGCAGAGGUUCCUAGAGGAAGAGGAGAAGAAGAACAACAUGAGCAUUGAGGUCCUCCACCUCACCAAAGAGCUGGAGGUGACCAAGCGCCACAGCCGCGCUCUACGACCCAGUCUGAACGGGAGGAGGAUGGUGGACAUUGCCAUGGCGUCCACAGGAGUUCAGACUGAUGUGCUGGCCAAUGAGACGGCAGAAGAGGACACCCCAGCCGUGUUCAUCAGGAAGUCCGUCCAGGAAGAGAAUCACAUCAUGAGUAAUCUUCGACAGAAGGGUCUCAAGAAACCCACAGAGAAAGCUGGUGGUCAUGAACGCUACUCACCCUCUGUUGCCGCUGACCUCAGCAUGAAGAAGUCCUGGAUUCCCUGGAUGAGGAAGAGGGAAAUCAUCCCUCAGGGUGGUAAUCUGGACAAGUCUGUCCAUGUCAACAGUGAAUCCAUGCAUUCUGAUCUGGCCAUGUCCCAGAAGCAAGGGCAGCCUUUACGCAUCAGAGUGACCCCAGACCACGAGAACAGCACGGCUACCUUGGAGAUCAGCAGUCCUUCUACUGAGGACCUCUAUUCCAGCUCCAGCCUCAGCCUCAGUCCCACCCUGCAGGGCCACCAGAAGCCUCGGAUCACUAUCAUUCCCACCCACACCGCCGCAGCUUCAAGGGGAAAAACCAGUGCCGGGCCAGGGGGACCAGAGAGGUCCAAGUCCCCGGUCACCGUCACCACCAUCUCCAGGGCCAAGUCACCAGAGAUCAGCAAGGCCCCCUCCUCAUCAGGCAGACCCAUAUCACCCAUAUCCAUCAUGACAGUUAGCGCUUCUAUGGUGUCCAACAUGUCCACCUCCCCAGAGCCCCAGGAGAUGACCAUGGGCCGGGCCGUGUUCAAGGUGACCCCUGAGAAACAGAUGGUCCCCACACCGAUCAGGAAGUACAAUUCCAAUGCCAGUAUCAUCACCACCACAGAGGACAACAAGAUUCACAUCCACCUGCACGGCUCCCAGUUCAAUAAGGGCCCCUCGGAGGGUCACAGCAACACAGGACCCAAGGUGGUGGUUAGGCCUGUUGGCAUGGCAACAGAGUGUAGCAGAGAGAUGAUGUUAUCCACAGGCACGGUGUUGCGCUCCCCUCGCCAUAGUGCCACUGCUGUCAAAACCACACCCAGUAAAGUGAUGAGCAGCAUCACCAUCACUGCAGUCACAUCCACCCCUGCCAGACCAACACAAGCUGUGCCUGGGCAUGAUGCCCACCCACCCCGGGCAGGGCUCACCCGUAUCCCCAUGUCCAAGGGCCUGAAGACAGGCAAAGCCAUGCUGGGAGCCCUGGGGAUGUCUGGAGGAAUGAGGCUGGAGCAGAGAGCAGAAAGCCAGUCCAUGAGGAUAGAGCUGAAGAAAUCCACAAUCAGCAGCACAACAGCCUUUCAAAAUGGAGGGAAAAGCUGUUAGAGCCAGAGACACUAACAGGGAACAGAAGUCAAACAAGCUGCCAACCCAUAGUAAUGUUCUAUGGGUCAAAGGUGCUCAGUAUAGAGGCACCAUUAAAUGACCUGGAGACAGAGAGCGAGGGGGAAUUUUCAGACAAGGGAAAGUCGUUUGGCUCCUCUCUAUUGAGCAGGAGCCUGAGUUGAUCAUUGUGUUCUUGUCUAACUGAAAACAGUGCACAUAUCUAAUAUAUUAUAUUUUUUGAAACUAUUUAUAUUCUGUUCUCAGUGUUUUGUAAUGUGGAUGAAAUCAACUGAACUGCGUUGUUUGAUAACCGCUGACAUGUGUGCAUGUUGUAAGGGGAGAGGCCGUGUGUAUUGUCAGGUAGUUCUGCUAUUAACUGCUUCAUGUACUCGUUAAGGGACUGCUUCACCUAGUGAGCUUUUCAUUAUGCAUUUCUGUACUGCAUUUAAUAUGGAGGCCAUAUCAUUUGGUUUGCAGCAAAUUAAAUGUGUCCUUUUUUAUGUAAAGGUUUUUAAAUAACCUUUUUUUUUUUUUUAAAGAUGACCUACAGAAUAUUGUUAUGAGAAUACAUGCAACAUUGAGUGGACAAUGUUAAUGUUCUCUAACAUUAUUUUGGAUGCAUUCUUUGGGCAAGGCAUCAGUUGAACCAGACUCACUAUAGUAAUGAAUUCAUCUCACAUUCAUUUACUGACUAGGCAGUGUUUGUAUUGACUUGCUGUGUGUUAUGGAAUUGGAAAAUAUAUAAAUUGGAAAAUAAAUCAAAACAAAUGGCCGUAUACAUAAAUGCUUCUGCUGUGAGACACCAGAGAGCCAAAUUGUCACAGUCAUCUUUCAGUUGUGGAGCGCUCACUUGCCAUAGAGCAAUUAAAAUCAACUCGUUUAACAAGCUGCCUGUGUCUACAAUCACCAACCAUGUGCCCUCUGAAUGAAAGAAUAAUAUUGUUUCUAAUUUGCUCAAUCGACCAAUGAGAGAAUCAAACAAGUGUCAUUAGAUGGGUUUGUUGUGAGUCAAAGGUUACUAGCCUGAGACCCCCUAUGGGAAAUGUAUGUAUAGAAAUAUAGGAAUUUAAAAUGCGUCAGAAUAUAUUUUGUAAUGUCUAUGCCAUAAAUAAAAUAUCUCAUAUUUAAAUGUGUAUCACAUAGACCUGCCUUUACAGUUUGUAACGUAACUCAAUGCACAAGCAAUGAGCAUUGUCAAUUAUAAUAGAACACAUUGAAUUAAUGUGAACAUGAUGAAACAAUUGAAAGAAACAUAAUUGUAAUACAUUUUCUAUGCUGGUGUUUUUUGUAUGCUGAUAUGGAUAUGAGCAAAUUCACUCAGAGCAAAUGGCCUGUGGGACAAAAAGAAGAAUGGUUCAUAUAUGGCUGAAGUAGCAGGGAUGUUAAAGUAAAAGCUCAGUUGAGGAGAUGAAUAGAUACAUUUUGGAAGGAUUCAGUCAUACCUCACUAGGGUAGAUUGUCAUGUGACACAACCAUUGAUGCCAUGAGGUCAAAGCGUGAGGGAGGGAGCAGGCCAGAGAGCUUUCGAGGGAGUGGUCCAGGCCCCUGGCUUGGAGGCUUUGAGAUGGUCACAUCAGUGUAGGGGAUCUGCGGCCCCAUAGACUUGCGGUUGAUGUUAGCAGGAGAUCACUAGAGAAAGCUAUGAUUGGCUGACAGUCUUGGAGCUAAACCUAGUGUAGUGUAAAGCAAUAUUCAAGGAUAGAGCACCUACAGUCAGUCAGUCCAGAAAAAUCUACCACUUGCAAUCUAUUACAUCACUGACAUAUACAUCCAUCCCAAACAUAAAUAUUAUUUGGGCGCUUUGUGUCACAAAUCAGUCGGUGAACAUGGGGUUAGAAUAGAAUAGAAUAAAAAAAAUGAGAGUAUUUUCCCAGAGGGAACUUCAGUGAUGUCUGAAUAGGGUAUACUGUAGAUCAUAUAGACUACAGUGAAUUGAGUCCUAACAUAUUGUAGCCUCAUCCUAUGAGGAUGAUAUGUCCAGUGUCACAUGAAAACAUAAUGAAACAAUGAGUGCACAUUUUAAAAUCCACUGCGACACAAGGUGAUCAAUUCCAAAUGUUAAAAGGUGCAAUAUGCAGAAAUUGCUCCGCCAUUUCCUUGCUGCUACAAUUCGAAUAAUUUGCCUAAUUUCCGUUGAUGCCUCCGUCCAUGCAGUGCUUAUCGGCGUCUGGUAUCCAACAUUACAGUGCAUUAAAAAUCACCUACUGUAGAGAAUCAUUGUACCAUCUAGACCGCUUUUAAAUAUAUUUUAAACUGUUUGAAGACGGUGUAUUAAUCAAAUGUAAAAGACGUAAGAAACUAAAUUUCUAAACAGGGAGCAUAGAAAUAGCGCACAUAGAACAGAUCUACCACUUCUUAGACUUGCUUUCAACUAGUGCGCAACUGCAGCCCGCAAUUCAGUGUGUUCCUGCAUGUAGGCAGUUCCUUCAUGAACACCCACAAUCAUCCCAUCGGUUCUUACAUGAAUGCCCCUCCUUGAGCUUUCCUGCAUGACAGUUUUGAAUGUGGGUCAAAAGGGAAAAUAUGUUUUAUCUGAAUUGUUUUGACCCUGCUAACUAGCGGGAGGGAUACCAGUAGAGUGUCCUUCACUCCCACCCGCCAAAUACCUGCCCCCCUCAUCGCGAUUACCAUAUCUGUAACUGCGAUGAGGCUACCCGGAUAAAGCAGUAAAUAAACUUCAGUUAGUGCUAAAUACGGCUGCAAGAAACCUGACUAGAACCCAAAAUGUUUAUCAUAUUACUCCAGUGCUAGCCUCCCUACACUGGCUUCCUGUUAAGGCAAGGGCUGAUUUCAAGGUUUUACGUACACAUACGCUACGGUCACAAGACGCAGGCCUCCUAAUUGUCCCUAGAAUUUCUAAGCAAACAGCUGGAGGUAGGGCUUUCUCCUAUAGAGCUUCAUUUUAUGGAAUGGUCUGCCUACCCAUGUGAGAGACGCAGACUCAGUCUCAACCUUUAAGUCUUUAUUGAAGACUCAUCUCUUCAGUAGGUCCUAUGAUCGAGUGUAGUCUGGCCCAGGAAUGUGAAGGUGAACGGAAAGUCACUGUAGCAACCAACCGCCCUUGCUGUCUCUGCCUUGCCGGUUUCCCUCUCUCCACUGGGAUUCUCUGCCUCUAACCCUAUUACAGGGGCUGAGUCACUGGCUUACUGGUGCUCUUCCAUGCAGUCUCUAGGAGGGGUGCAUCACUUGAGUGGGUUGAGUCACUGACGUGGUCUUCCUGUCUGGGUUGGUGCCCCCCCUUGGGUUGUGCCGUGGGGGAGAUCUUUGUGGGCUAUACUCGGCCUUGUCUCAGGAUGGUAAGUUGGUGGUUGAAGAUAUCCCUCUAGUGGUGUGGGGGCUGUAUUUUGGCAAAGUGGGUGGGGUUAUAUCCUGCCUGUUUGGCCCUGUCCGGAGGUAUCAUCGGAUGGGGCCACAGUGUCUCCUGACCCCUCUUGUCUCAGCCUCCAGUAUUUAUGCUGCAGUAGUUUGUGUCGGGGGGCUAGAGUCAGUCUGUUAUAUCUGGAUUAUUUCUCCUUUCUUAUCCGGUGUCCUGUGUGAAUUUAAGUAUGCUCUCUCUAAUUCUCUAUUUCUCUCUCUCGGGGGACCUGAGCCCUAGGACCAUGCCUCAGGACAACCUGGCAUGAUGACUCCUUGCUGUCCCCAGUCCACCUGGCUGUGCUGCUGCUCCAGUUUCAACUGUUGUGUUUGCGGCUAUGGAACCCUGACCUGUUCACCAGACGUGCUACCUGUCCCAGACCUUCUGUUUUCAACUCUCUAGAGACAGCAGGAGUGGUAGAGAUACUCUCAAAGCCAACUGACAUUUAGUCCUGAGGUGCUGUUGCACCUGUUGCACCCUCGACGACUAUUGUGAUUAUUAUUAUUUGACCAUGUUGGUCAUUUAUGAAAAUUUGAACAUCUUGGCCAUGUUCUGUUAUAUAAAAAAAAAUCUCCACCCAGCCCAGCCAGAAGAGGACUGGCCACACCUCAUAGCCUGGUUCCUCUCUAGGUUUCUUCCUAGGUUUUGGCCUUUCUAGGGAGUUUUUCCUAGCCACCGUGCUUCUACAGCUGCAGCUUCUAUUGCUUGCUGUUUGGAGUUUUAGGCUGGGUUUCUGUACAGCACUUUGAGAUAUCAGCUGAUCUAAGAAGGUCUAUAGAAAUACAUUUGACUUUGAUUUGAUUUGAUCUGUGGGAAAACAGUGCCAGACAUCUGGGGGUGAAGGACACUGUCUACCGGCCGCCCCGUCUCCCGCUAAGCACAACACUAUGGUGGGUGAUAAGUGCCAGCAUACCCCAUAGUGCCCAAUAGGCAGGGAGAAGGACACUACCGGUGUACAGCGAGCUAGCUAUCGUUGUGGCAACCACCCCUUCUUCGGUGGGGCUUAUCAGUGGCUGGCAUCCAAUAUUAUUGUGCAUUAACACCACCUAGUGUACUGGAGCCAGUGGCGAUUUUAGUAUGAUGGGGCAAACUAAAUCUAUUUUUUUAUACAUGCCAGCAAAGACACUACACAACAUUAAACAAAUCAAAUCAAAUCAAAGCAAAUCUUAUUUGUCACAUACACAUGGUUAGCAGAUGUUAAUGCGAGUGUAGCGAAAUGCUUGUGCUUCUAGUUCCGACAAUGCAGUAAUAACCAACAAGUAAUCUAACUAACAAUUCCAAAACUACUGUCUAAUACACAGUGUAAGGGGAUAAAGAAUAUGUACAUAAGGAUAUAUGAAUGAGUGAUGGUACAGAGCAGCAUAGGCAAGAUACAGUAGAUGGUAUCGAGUACAGUAUAUACAUAUGAGAUGAGUAUGUAAACAAAGUGGCAUAGUUGAAGUGGCUAGUGAUACAUGUAUUACAUAAGGAUGCAGUCGAUGAUAUAGAGUACAGUAUAUACGUAUGCAUAUGAGAUGAAUAAUGUAGGGUAAGUAACAUUAUAUAAGGUAGCAUUGUUUAAAGUGGCUAGUGAUAUAUUUACAUAAUUUCCCAUCAAUUCCCAUUAUUAAAGUGGCUGGAGUUGAGUCAGUGUCAGUGUAUUGGCAGCAGCCACUCAAUGUUAGUGGUGGCUGUUUAACAGUCUGAUGGCCUUGAGAUAGAAGCUGUUUUUCAGUCUCUCGGUCCCAGCUUUGAUGCACCUGUACUGACCUCGCCUUCUGGAUGAUAGCGGGGUGAACAGGCAGUGGCUCGGGUGGUUGAUGUCCUUGAUGAUCUUUAUGGCCUUCCUGUAACAUCGGGUGGUGUAGGUGUCCUGGAGGGCAGGUAGUUUGCCCCCGGUGAUGCGUUGUGCAGACCUCACUACCCUCUGGUCUUAUAAUGUCUUAUAAUACAUUCAUUGCACUAUAACGUGGAGUGAAUCAUUACCACUGCUACACCUGCCUAUCAGUGAAGCCUCAUCUGACAGCCAAACAGUUAAUUCAGCCUCAUUUACUGCCUUUUUAAAAACCAUACCUGACGUGCUUAAAUAAAUGUGGUUUCUACUAACUCCUUGUGGAUUUGUGUAACUCAAUAAGAAUCGCAUUCUUCUUCAAAAUGAACAAAUGCCGACAUGAUUGAGUUUUGAACCAUACAGAAACAUUAUUACAUUUAUUUUCAGUAAAUUCAUAAUGUUUUAUCUUCAUCAUUAACACUUAGCUCUAAGUAUAAGAAACUGCACGCAAACGACCUGCGACGAGGUAGGCCAAGUCGUUUGGCACUUUCAAAAUGGACACUGACUGAAAUUAAGAUAAAAUCAGCAAGAUGUUGAGGCCUUAACUUUACUCUCCUUUAAGUCAUCACAGAGAGAGAGAGCGAGAGACACAGGCGAGAGAGACGUGGUAUGCCUACCAUUUUAAGUAUUUUAUAAGACCUACAGUAUGUGGUCUAAAAAGGAAGGAAAAUACAAUCACGAGGGUCCACUUUUAAAGACAAUAUACCAACACACAGACAGCGCACCGCACAAACAUAACAGCUCUCGCAAUAUCAAUUGGAAUUACAUGGGUCUAUUACUG